AUGGACCAUGGAGAGACACCUGGACGCCGAAAGAAGAGUCUUGAGGUUUCUGCGCUGGGCAAGGCGGCAGGCUACGACUCCGCGGCUGUCGCCAAUGCGUUGGGCCUUAUCACGGCCCUCCGGAGCUUCUCAGAAUUCACCGCGGCUCCGCUGCUGGCCUCCUGGUCGGACCGUCAGGGCCGGAAGCGGGCGCUGCUGAUGUCUUCGGUGGCCUUCGUCUUGGAAGCCGCGCUCAUCGCGGUCUCACCUGGGCUGCUGAUGAUGGGACUUGUUCAUGUCACAGCAGGAUUUUUGGCAUCCAAUGGCGCCAUUGAGACCAGCUGCAUCGCUGAUGCCACCCCUGCGGGUCCAAGACGUGCGGUCGCCGUGGGCCGCUUCUUGACGGUUGUGGGCGCUGCCUUGGUGUUGGGCGCCUUUUGCGGAGGCCUCUUGCUUGAGCACUGGGGUGGCCGCUCACCCUUUGCAUGCGCGGCUGUGCUGGCCUUUGUGGCAGUGCUGGCAUUGAUUAGCUUCGUGCCGGAAUACCUGCCACCUUCCCGCCGCUCCCAGACCUCCAAGUCGACACCUGCACUGGCAGCGUUGCAACUCUUAGUGCAAACUCCUUCCUUGCGCUGGUACGCGGCGGCCUCAGGACUCUUCAGUCUGGGGAUGGCGGUGUAUGGCACCGUGAAUGUCCUGUGGCUGAAGGAGGCCUUUGGAUGGAACGGGCAGGAUGUUGGCCAUUUCCUCUCGGCAGUUGGGGCGGCUCUUAUGAUCUCACAGGUUAUUUUCCUGCCCGUGCUGCUGCGUGUGGCAAAAGGGCGAGAAUCCUGGGUGGUACAAGGAGCAAUCGUGCUGCACGCCAUCAAGUUUGUCGGCUAUGCCUGGGCACCUCGUGGAUGUUGGGCCUAUGCAGUUCUAGCUGUCAGCUCGCCCACCUUUUGUGCAGCCCCCAUCCUCUCAAGCCUUUGCACCAGGCACGUGCCAGCAACACAACAGGGUCUCUGGUCUGGGAGCGCCUCAGCCCUGUCAACUGCUGCCAAUGUCGUGGGGGCGCUGAUUGGCUCCCGGCUCCUAGCUUUGGCCCUCGACGGGCAUUUGCCCUUGGGGUCUCCACUUUAUGCAGGCACUGUGCCGGAUGCUCAGCUGGACAAUUUCUUCAACAAGGGAAUCCCUUUAAACGCCUGUAGUGUACCUUGA